GCGGGGCGGCCCCGGCGCAACGCCCCGAGUGGCGGUUGUUUCAAGAUGGCGGACGUGGCGGCCCCCUCCCGCCCCGACGCUGCGGCGUUCUGGACCCGGGACAUUUCUGAUGAAGAACAAUCGGUAGUAUAUGUUCCAGGAAUUUCUGCAGAAGGAAGUAUCAGAUCAAGACACAAGUUGAUGAAUCCAAAAGCUGACGUUAAACUUAAGACUUCCAGGGUCGCUUCUUCUUCAGUCUCCAUGGAGUCUUUUAAAGGUGCAGGGGAUUCAGUAGAUCAACAGAAUUUCUGCAGGGAAGGAAUAAAGAGUGCAUCAUUGAAGGAUUUAUGUCUUGAAGACAAAAGACGCAUUGCAAAUUUAAUUAAAGAACUGGCCAGAGUAAGUGAGGAAAAGGAAGUGACAGAAGAACGACUAAAAGCUGAACAGGAAUCAUUUGAGAAGAAGAUCAGACAGUUGGAAGAACAGAACGAACUUAUCAUCAAAGAAAGGGAAGCUCUUCAGCUACAGUAUAGAGAAUGCCAAGAACUUCUAAGCCUUUAUCAGAAAUAUCUAUCAGAACAGCAGGAGAAACUCACCUUGUCUCUCUCAGAACUUGGUGCUGCUAGAAUGCAGGAGCAACAGGUAUCCAAUAGGAAAAGUACUCUCCGAUCUUCAUCUGUGGAACUGGAUGGUUCCUACUUGAGUGUAGCCAAACCACAAACCUAUUAUCAAACUAAACAAAGGUCUAAAUCUGAAAACCAGGAUUCAGCCACAGAAUCCCUUAUGGAGUUUAGGAAUAAUUCUUUUAAACCAGCAGCCCUUCAACAUCCCAAAGAGGAUCUGGAAAGGGUGCCGUCUGAGACCAGAAUAUGUAAUUAUGGAUCCCCAAGGAGAAAACCAGUGGAUGCAGUCCCUGCUGAGAAAGCUCCACCAGAAGAAAUGAAGAUGAAGGAACGUCUAGACGUUAAGCCUGCUCCAUGUAGUCAGUGUUGUGGUUAUAGACUUUCUGACAAUGCAGAUCAUGUUCAUAAGAGCCUUUCUACAAACAUGACUCCUCGGUGUUCCAGGACAUAUCCAGAAUCAUGCAGUUUUUGUGGACUGUCCUGGACAUCUCUGAUGCAUGGCAAAGGGGCACAGUCCAGUGAAACUGACAUCAAAAAGCAACUCUCGGAAGAUAGAAGGCAGCAGCUUAUGCUUCAGAAAAUGGAGCUGGAAAUUGAAAAGGAGCGCCUUCAGCAUCUGCUCACCCAACAGGAGACAAAGCUUCUCCUCAAACAGCAGCAGCUUCACCAGUCUCGACUGGAUUACAAUUGGUUAAGAACUCAAGCUAUGUUUAAGCCAGGGGGGCUGACUGUUGAUGAAGAGCUUAUCAAACCAAGAGAGCUCAAUCUGGAUAUGAAGGGGAAUGACCUUGGACCAAGUUUAUUGAAGUCAAAAUGUGAUGGCUCGCUGCCUGGAUCAUCAUCAUCCAUCAGAAAAUACCGAGAACCCACUAUCAGUGGAGGAAAUAAUAGGAGGGAGAAAAAAACAGUUGGAUUUCAGUCGGAUAUAGAAGAUGAUGCCUUGUGGACAUGUCAAAAGAAGGAUACGUACAGAUCUCAAGGAGGGGCAAUGGAAGAAGUUAGAAAAGAUGCGUCCACAUCUCCUAUGCCAGCAGGAAGCCAGAAGGAGCUUGUAUCCACAGCCACAUCAUCAUUCCAACAUGACACCUCCCGGUAUGAGACAUCUCUGUUGGAUUUGGUUCAAUCUCUGAGCCCAAAUUCUGCUCCCAAACCUCAGUCAUGUCCCUCCAAAGAAGUUGGUGCCUGGAACCAUGGUACCUUCCGAAUCAGUCCUCCAAAACCGACCCGGAACAAGAUGAGGGCAUGCAGGACUCCUGAAGAGCUGGAGGAGAAUCAGAUUCUGGAAGAUAUAUUUUUCAUUUGACUCUGAAGCACAUGCUACAAAAUUUCCAUAGGAAAUUUGUGGGCCUUUAUAUACCGAUCUCUCAUCUUAAAUUAUUUGAUUGCAAAGUAAUUGUGUCUCUUUUCGCAGGGACUUAUCUUACUAACAUCCUGUUAGUAUUGAAUUUAGAAAUCAUUCUAACAAACAGGGUUUUUUUUUUAAUUAGACCAAUCAGUAGCUAACACACUAAGGCGGCAAGGGGCAGUAUCUUUUCUAUGCCAAACAGAGAUUAGAAAAUUAACAUAAGACUUUCUGCAUGGUUAAGGCCAUUGCAUAUUCAGCCUCAUUUAAGGAGUGUUUCCAUUUCAAUCUGCUGCAAAGGGUUGGCUCUCUUUGUGUACAAGGAAAACCUUUCCACUAAAAGAUCCCUCUAAUUUAAAGGUUGCCCCUUUGUAACAUAAACAAUUUUAGAAAGACAAACCCUUUCACCUUCUCCACCCUGUUCUCUCACCACCUACCUCUAAGUGUAGUCAUUUAAUUCUGAAGUUGUAGUUGGUAUCUCUAAAAUCCAUCACAAGCAACACUGAGAACCAAUUGUGAGUCAGUCCCAGUAGUCAUCAGCCUGAUAGUUACCCAUCCCAAACCAAAGGGUUCAGUGGGCUGGAGGAAGGAACCCAGCCAACCCUUUGAAACAGGCCUUAAAUCACAUGCAGGAGUGAAUGCCCUAGGGAAAUCUGGUGGAGGUAUAAGCCCGAAAUGCUUUGCCUACCAAUGUUCAGGUGACUACCCCUGCAAGUUCCCAGGAGAAAUAAGAGUAGUCUCUAAUUUUCUGUUGAACCACAUAUCUGUUUUAUUCACCCUUCCAUCACAUAUGCUCUUGUGAACUUCCUAAGGUUGUGCCUGGGGAAGAUGCCAGUAGUGGGAGAGUGGCGUUCAGUUGCUGCAGGCUGAUGAGCUCCGCCUCCCCCUGCCCUUCACCCAUGAGGAUCAAAAGCCUUCAGUUGACCAAGCCCUGCAUGUGCUUUGCUCAGGGCCACAUUCCCAUGGCCCCUAAGAACCAAGUCCACUUGCUAGGUUAGUUCUACGACCCCAAACAGGGUCUCCCUCCCUUUUCCACCAGGCUUCGAUUUUGACCCAGAGAAAGUCCGUGGAAGAAAUACACUGGAGACCUCAUUCUCUAUGCUUUCCUCCUAUUCAGCAGAGCUCUUGAGAUGGGUCCUUGAGGUUUCAGUGGGUUCUAGUGACUUCUCAAGUGAUGGGCAGUAUGAUGAGCUUGGUACAACCAAUGAGUUUAAAACUUCAGUAAUUGGCAGUGAGAAGAUGUGUCCCCGGAUAUGUUACUUGACAACUUUAUUUAAUCUAGAGAGUGUUGCUGUUAUUUCUGUCUCUCCCUUUCACCAGCCCCAGGCCUGAAGUGGGACCAAGCAUCUUGUCAGUCAGUAUUAGUAGCAAGGGUCAGACCACCCAGGGAAGCCUGCACUUCGUGAUCCUGCACGGCUUCCCUGAAUUCUUCAUCAAAACGAGAUUAUUUCAGUCUAGAAAAGCCUGGUUAAGCAGCCUCCUUGGCUGGUAAAUCAAAUCUUGUAUGUAGACUCUUCAUUGUCUCUUCAGGCUGAACCUAGCCCUGUUGCCUCCAUCCACCCUUCCUUUACUUGGGUCUUUUUCUCUUUGGAGGAAAGAAGAAUGGAGCCUACCGAUACAGUAGUCUAUCUGAGCUAAAUAUAGUGUCAGGACUAGCUGUAGUCCUAAACUUGAAAAGUUGACAACUCAUUGCAGAUUACAAAUUUACUAUAAAAAGUCCAACCCUGUUAGAGUAACCAAAUCAGCCUCAUCCCAUUUCAAAAAGCUUUUUGAAUAUGGGCUUUCUUUCGUGUGGCAGAAAUGAAUGGGUGGAAAACAGCGAGCCUGCAGCCAUUUUCUCAAAGCUAGGUUUCCAGAACUAUCUUUUCCUUCCCCCAGGUGUCACAACCAUAACUGUACUAUAGUCAGCCAUUCUGGACACCAGUAUCCAUACUGCUCUCAGGAGUAAGAGGAUGUCAAAAGGACCAGGAAGAAUUGUGCUUUCUUUAAGAAGUGUGUUUGCCUUUAGAAGAAUUAGAAACAGGGUCUGAACUCAAGGUUUUUUUGGUGGUGUCACAUGCCAUAGAAUAAAGUUGAACUGCUUCUUCACUGCCCCCUGAAUGAUCAAUUUGGAAGAGCAAAAAUGGAUUUCCAGCACAGCAUCAAUCAACAUAUUUUUCAUAAGCCACACUCUCUACCCCUCUUCCCAGCUGCCUUUCUUUAUCCUAUAGAUAUGUCAUGGGUGUCAGGGCAAUAAGAAGUGAAUUUGUAUACAAUCUAAUGUCUUUAUUAUUAAUUGAAUAAUACUUAUAACAUUUUAAUCUGUGUUUUACUUUGAAAUAUAUAUGAAAAGGCUACUGUAGAGCCUUGAAGCUUAGUCUAAUUGCAGACUAUCCCACCAAGAGAAAGGGUCUGGCACAAAGAAGUCUGUCUUUCCUCCUGUUAAGUACUUCCAACAGUGAGUGACUGGGAUUUGCUGGCCCAGCCUCCAGUCGCUUCCUCAAAGAAGUCUAGACAUAUAUUGGGGGUGCUGCAGAUAGUGCUACAACAUUACCCACCCCCUUCUGUGAGAGGAAAACCAAUCAAUGUUUUCAAAAUGGAAAAGGACAAAAUAUGUCCAUUGAGGCUCCCUAAUUAGAGCUCAAAGUGCUUGAUCUAGAAAGACAAGGUUAAUCAAGGAAAAGCUUUUGCUCACACCCUUCCAGAAGGUGCACCUGUGUUUAUUCAAACCUGACCCCUGUGGUGGGGACUAUCCAAGUGUCCCAAAUGUCAUGUGGAGGACAGGACUCUCUUUCUCUUCCUUCAGAGCCACUCUUUGCACUUAGCCCUGCUUCCAGCAUCAUGGUUCAUACUAGAUAUUUGCUGGCCAAAGACUCUGGGGAGGGGAAAGCCCUGAAGGAGCACGGCUCAAUGAAGUCUGUAAUCAUUAGGGCAGACUCCAACCAUCUCAUGUUUUCUCCUCAGCUCAGUGUGUGUGAUUUUUAAUGUGGCCAAAUGUUUAUAUACACAUGAGAUUUUAAGUUAAUAAAUUAUCUCUAUGGCUAUUUUCCCCUUAUGGUUUUGAUAUUGAAUUGUUCCUUGAACAUCUCUCAUCAGACUUGGUGGGGCAUAGUUUGAAAGCAAGAGAAGAGCCCCCAGAUUAUCAAAACGGUUAUUUUUCUCAGUACCUGUUAAAACAACAGGAGUUUAUGGUCAACCAAAAGAAAGGAAAUGGUUUGCCACAUCCUAGUAAGUUCUCCUGGUGCAACUCCAUUUCCCUUACAUCAUAGGGACAUCAAGCCUCCUCUAUGCUGUGUGGUUGCUGAAAUGAAAUCUUCAAUCUGUGGGCACCACUGAGGUCCUUCUAUGUGCCUAUCCCCUUAGCUGCUCAACAAGGAAGAAAUAUCACAGCACUCUGCGAGGGGAAAAAUGGUCCCAUCUAGUUGGCUUUAGGUGCUGGGAGAACAGUGAGGGGGCUUGACUUGCCUGAAAUACCUAGGUCUGAGAUGACGCCUGUAGAUUCAACUAAGACAACCAAAGCACCUGUCCUGCCAGCCACCCUCCAAGCCAGCCUGGCACCUCCUCCUGGACAAGGACUUUUUGCGGCUUCCCCUCAGAGGUAGAGGUGGCAAGAGCAGAAUCAUCACUCAUACAGCUCCCAAGCAAAAAGGAGACAAGUUCGCCCCCAUUCUCUUAAGUGUACCCUGAGUCUAGGAAAAAAGCUGGAGAUCAGUAGAGUAAGAGUAACACCCUAAUGCCCAGAGGCAGAAUGGGCUGGCAGCUAAAGAACCAAUUUUAUAAAUUAAUUUCCAGCCCCAUGUUUCCCCAGAGUUGGUGGUCAAACAACGGUUCUUAAGCCCCUACAGUUCCAUUUUCCCAUUCAGAAUCGGGACCUUCUAACCACCCAGGCUUCAGCUUCAUGGAUAUUUUUCCCUCCCUGUCCACCUCCACCCCACACAUACACACUCAGAAUUGGGUAAACACCGGUAGGGUGAAUUCCAGGUUCCUGGUCUUUUCUACCUCCCCCUACCAUAGUCCCAUCACCUUCUAGAGUCACAGAAUUCCAUAGCCGAAUUGGACCUUAGAGCCCAGAUAAUCCGUCACUUUCAUUUUACGGAUGCAGAAAGAGUUCAGAGAAAAGUGACUUGUCUAAGAUUCCGCAUCCUGCCAGUGACAGGUCUAGCUGCCGCGUUGGUAUCUUCCCCACUACAGCAAAUUACUGCCUUCAUUUUAUGUUCCAAGAUGAGCAUUUUGAGAAUCUCGACUAGGACUGAGCAUUCCACUACCAUCUCUCAGAAGUGAGCUCUCACAGACCACUUGAGCCAAGGUGAGCAAAAAUGUAGCAUAUACAGUCCCAGGUGCUUUGCAUGUCAAUGACCCUCAAGGAGUGUCAAACUUGGAACUUCUUUUUGUCCAUAGAGGUGGAGGCCAUGGGGAAGCUAUUUAGAGCAAAAUCCCUGGGUAAAAGAGGCACAGCUCUCUACCUGAAAUAAUGGGUAUGUCCACCUGUCUUUUUCAAAUAACAGAAGCUGUUAUAGCCCUAGCUAAGGCCUCUUCUGAAAAGACAAUGGCCAAAAGGAGGGCAAGGUCUCCCUUCAGUCAGGUGGAGGUGGUAAUUAUACUAGUAUAGGAAAUCCAGUAGGUUGGUACUUGAAGUCCAAUAGGAAUGGCCUGCAUCAUGUUUUGACAAUGAGGCAACCAACUACUUUAUCCAGGACCAGCCCAAGUCAAAGGCUUGUCCUCAGGUUUUCAUCAGUCCAUGUUGAGUUGGCCAGUCUAUGUAUGUUAAGUGCCUCCUCCAGGGCCAGCAUUCUGUUAGGUGCUGUUGACCCUACUAGGGAAAUGGUUGACAGUGUAAGCUACAGAAGCAAGUCACCCUGAGUAUAAAUUUCAGUUAUACUACUAAUUAGCUGAAUUAUCUUAGGCAAAAUAUUUACCACACUGAACCCAGACUUCUUUUUCUAUAAAAUGGGGUGAUAAUGCAUUUCAUAGGAUGGUUGUAAGGGUGAAAUUCAAUGAGUUAACGUUUGUGAAAGGCCUAUGUACAGUAUCCGACACAUACAAGGUAGCUAUCGUUAUGUAUUCCUCAGUGAACUUACAAACUAGUAAAAGACAAAGAUUAAGACUUUGACAUUUUUAAUAGCAAAUGCCAAGAACAUCACAGUAAAAUUUCCAGUGAGUGGUAGAAGGCUGUGAAUGUUAUUGUUCCAGGAUAGUAGAUCACUGGGCUGAGUUUGUGUAGGCUGUAUGAGAGGAGGAGGGGGAAAGGAGGAUUUAA